AAAAGACUAGCGGCGUUGGAAGGUUAGUUCCAGACAGUGUUUCAAUAAUGUCGUCACCAUCAUGGACAAUUGUUUCCUUGGGAUUAUAAUGUUGACGGGAUGUUUCCGCAUCUGUGAUUCCACAUGACUCCACCCCCGCGCUCGCUGCCCCACCCCUGCGGGUGGCGGCAUUCAACAUACAGGUGUUUGGGAGGAAGAAGAUGAAAAACAAAAAUGUCACCAGUAUUAUUUCGAAGGUGGUGCACAGAUAUGACCUGGUGUUGCUCCAGGAGAUCCGAGACAAGGGGGAGACGGCGCUGGACAAACUUCUCACCAUGCUGAACAAAGUCGACCCCGAUGACCCUUUCGUGGCCGAUGUGAGCGAGAGGCUGGGAAGAACCGUCUCUAAGGAACAGUACGCGUUCCUCUACAGACCCAGCCGAGUCCAGAUCGUGGGCAGCUACCAGUACGAGGACGGCGCUGAUGACGGCACGGACUCCUUCGAGAGAGAACCCUACGCCGUCAGGUUCACGUGUCCGAACUUGGAAAUUGACGAUUUUGCGAUUAUCGCCAUCCACACGUCGCCCAGCAAAGCUGUAGCUGAGAUCAACGCCCUCGUGCACGUGUGGGAAGCAACCAAGAAACACUGGGGCAUCGAGAACAUCAUCAUCGCAGGCGACUUCAACGCUGACGGCGACUUUGUGUCCGGCUCAGACUGGGAGAGGAUAUCCCUGAGGAGUGAUCGUCGUUUUACCUGGCUCAUCAAGGACAACGCAGACACCACCGUCAGCAGCACCGACUGCAGUUACGACAGGUUUGUCGUGACUGGGCACCAGCUGAAGACCAACAUAGUUCCAGGCAGCUGCAAGGUGUUCCGCUUUGACACGGAGUUCAGUCUCUCCCAGGAAGAGGCCGAAGAUGUCAGCGACCAUUAUCCCAUUGAACUUUCCAUUGCGGGGAAAAAAAAUACGAAACUGCAAAAGAUACUAAAUACGGAGCUGUCCUUCAACAUCGCACAGAUGCAGAACAUCUCCAGUGUCAGCCAUGUCCGAGCUUUGUACCGAACCAAGAAAGCCAAGGGUGCUGGUUUCACGAUUGAACGGAAACGAGAUGGCGACAGGAAGACAUUGCUUGAAGUGAUUGCCGUGAAAGAGCAUGAGUCAGACGUGGUGACCAGUUUGCAGAAGUUCCAGAAAUUAUUUCCCGAGGUGCUGUUUACCGAGUCUAUCGGAAUGGCCAAGGCAUACAUGGACUCUGGGAUGUUUGACAAGCCGCCAUAUGUGUACGGGCUAUGCACUGUGGAAUCCAAGAAGUCCUAUGACGUCACAAUCACGUGCCGUUUAAGAGCUCCUUUGACAUGUCACGUGAAGGUCACAAAUCGUAGAAGUUGAUCCGGCAGUGGAUCUCCUGGGAGAUGUGACAGAGAAUACUCAACUUUGGUUAUACACAGCAAAAGCAGGUUGCAUGUAUCGUAGUUCACCCAUCUUCCUGAGGCAAGAUAGUUAACUGACUAUAAAAGUCCAGUUUCCACCCUUGCCGAACUAGGCUCGUAUUAUGGAGUUACAUUUUGGCUGGACUAACGAGUCAAUGC